AUGGGGUCAGAAUUAACACCGCAGCAGAAGAUCAGUCUGAUCACUCAGAACCUGCAGGAGGUUCUCAAACCAGAGAUCAUCGAGGAUGUCAUCGUUAAGCAGAACAGACCCCUUAAAAUCUACUUAGGAACUGCAACCACCGGCCGGCCGCACUGUGGCUACUUUGUACCCAUUGUAAAAAUCGCCCACUUUCUCCGUGCAGGAUGUCACGUCAAGAUUUUGCUGGCCGAUAUCCACGGCUUCCUCGACAACCUCAAAGCACCCAUUGACCUCGUCAACUUUCGCGCCGAAUACUACCGCUAUGUAAUAACAGCAAUGCUUAAGGCUAUACACGUUCCCAUCGAGAAACUCGAGUUUGUGCUCGGAUCCUCCUACCAGCUCUCAGCGAAGUAUACAAUGGAUAUAUUCCGGCUAAGCAGCAUGGUAACUGAACAUGAUGCCAAAAAGGCUGGUGCAGAGGUCGUCAAGCAAGUUGACAAUGCGCCGCUGUCUGGACUCAUCUACCCGCUCAUGCAGGCUCUGGAUGAAGAACACUUGGACGUUGAUGCGCAGUUUGGUGGUGUCGACCAGAGGAAGAUCUUCACCCUGGCCCAAGAGACGUUACCUCGCAUUGGGUAUAAGGAACGAGCACACUUGAUGAAUCCUAUGGUUCCUGGUCUGGCUGGAGGGAAGAUGUCUGCUUCCGACCCGGAUUCGAAGAUCGACAUUCUCGAUACUGCGGAAGCUGUUAAGAAGAAGAUCCGCAAGGCUUACGCGAUGCCCAAGGAGACCGAAGGGAACGGAAUGAUUAGCUUUGUUGAAUAUGUUUUGCUUCCUGUUAGUGCACUGGAGAAUGCGGAUGGCAAGGGUGCUUUUGCGGUCGAGAGGAGCGAGGAGGAAGGCGGGCGGGUGGUGUACGAUUCCAUCGACGCGGUCAAGGCCGACUAUCAAGCUGAUAAAUUAACACCUCAAAUCAUAAAACACGCCAUAACCACGGCUUUGAACAAUAUCCUUGCUCCCAUCCAGGCCGCGUACGCCGCAGACCCUGAGUGGCAGGAACUAGCAAAGAAGGCCUACCCGCCUCCUCCCGCAUCCGAGAAGAAACAGAAGAAACCAAAAGACAAGGGUAGUAAGUACCCUGGUGGUGCAAAGAAUGCCACCGCUCAGCCAGACGGAUCAGUUCAAGGCGAAGGCAGUACCAAGGCCUCUGUUGGAGAGAAUGUAGAUGAAGCUAUGCAGAAGCUGGAGGUGAAGGAAUAA